GCAUUUUGUCUUGUGGAAAACCAACAAUGAGCCUUACUAGCCAAAGUUGAAAAUUGCAUUCAUUUCCUUAGAAAAGGAUACUAUAAUAUCUUACAGAUUGAAUCGUCGUGCAAACCCGCCACAGUACUUACGGUGUUUGUAGACGUGAUUUAACACGACGAAGACGAACGAACCACUGUCCAGAAUUUUGGCUUGUUUUUAAAUGAAUUUCUAACCAGCAUUAUAAAUUUAUUUGAGACAGAUAAAUAUGUCUGAGCCAAAUGCUGAUAGUGUUACUAUUCACAUCGAUAAUAUGCUUCGUGAUUUGUCUUCUGCACCCUCAGAGCCCACUAUUUUGCGAGUCAGUGUUCAAUUACGCAGCACAAAUCCCAAGGCUUACGAUCCAGAAAUAAUAGCUAUUGGUCCUUUUCACCACGGUAAAGUUCAGCUGCAAAACAUGGAGCAGCACAAAGUCAGGUACCUAAAACAGUUGCUUCAGAGGAGAAACGAGUCGAGCGCAGAAAGAUAUGUUAUUGCGAUGAGGGAGAUAGAAGAUCGAGCACGAAAAUGCUUUGGAGAAGCUAUCCAAUUCAACCGAGACAAGUUUGUCGAAAUGUUGCUACUUGAUGGUUGUUUUGUCAUUGAAUUCCUUCGUAAAUUUCAAGAAAAAGAUUUUCGAGAUAAGGAUGACCCUAUUUUUCGAUACAGACAUAUACAAGGAUUUUUGCUACAUGAUCUCAUGGUAAUUGAGAAUCAACUUCCAUUUUUUAUCAUCGAUCUUUUAUUCAACAUGACUAAGAUGGAUAAUCAAGACAUCAAUUAUAUAAUAUGGCCUUUGCUACAAAUUGGAAGAUCGUUUUUUCCAAAGAUAGAUAUUCAUGAAAUCCCAGAGGCUCCCCAUCUCCUUGGCAUAGUACAUAAUAUCCAUUGUUCAUCAUUUGCAGAGAUAAAAUAUUAUAUUGAUUCUGAAUAUAAUACAGAGAAAAUAGAUUCAGCAAUAGGGCUCCAAGAGGCAGGAAUUACGUUCAGAAAGUCAGAAGAGAACAGUUUAUUUCAUAUUAAAUUCAAGAAUAAAGCUCUGAGCAUUCCAGCAUGGGAAAUUUCUGAUGUGACAGAAUCAUUGUUUAGAAAUUUCAUUGCAUAUGAACACUACUUCACAGGAAGUAAUAAAAAAUAUGUGACAGAUUAUGUGUUCUUCAUGAAUUGUCUCAUCCAUUCCCCUAAGGAUGCAAAAUUGUUAAGGCGUAAUGGAAUUAUCAGCAAUAUCUUAGGAAGUGACGAUAUGGUUUAUCGAGUCAUUAAUCAGCUUGGGGAAAACACCUUCAUUUCUGAAAAGUUCUCAUAUUCCAAAAUUUUCCACGCUGUGAAUAAUCAUUGUGGCCGCAAAAGAAAUGAAUGGAUGGUGAAGUUAAGACGCAGCUACUUUAACAGUCCAUGGGCACUCUUUUCUGUGCUUGCUGCCAUUUCCAUGCUUCUACUCAGUAUCACGCAGACAACUUUUGCAGUUCUCUCCUACAGUAAGUUAUUCCCGAAUUUUUCGCUACUUUUAUCUAUAAAGGCUUAUCCUCCAUUUAGCAGUUUCGAAGUACCUUUGAUUGUCUCAGGUCAUGAUCUCAAAAAGGACAGCUAAUUCUAAGUGGAAGCUUGAGCGACAAGGUAUUGUAACUCAAAUUACUAUAAAUUGCAGGCAUUAAAAUUUCAAUUUCCAAUUUGUUUUAUGAAGAAUUGCAUUAUUAGUGCGUCAGUUCAGAUGACAGCUUGUAGAAUGGAUGUCACAAAAUAAAGGUUAAACUUUUGC